CAGCAACCCUUCCGCUGCCCUUUUGAACCUUUCGCAAUGGCUGAGGAAUCCAUGGUCCUUCGCGGCGAGUUGGCCGGCCACUCUGGCUGGGUCACUCAGAUCGCCACCACCCCCGAGGCUCCCGACAUGAUCCUGUCGGCCUCUCGCGACAAGACUGUCAUUGUGUGGCAGCUCACCCGCGAGGAUGGCUCGUACGGCUUUGCCAAGCGUGCCCUCAAGGGUCACUCCCACUUCGUCUCGGACGUUGUCAUCUCGUCCGAUGGCCAGUUUGCCCUCUCCGGCUCUUGGGACCGCACCCUCCGCCUCUGGGACAUCCGCACGGGUGAGUGCACUCGUCGCUUCGUCGGCCACGACGGUGAUGUCCUGUCGGUCGCUUUCUCCGCCGAUAACCGCCAGGUUGUCUCGGGCUCGCGCGACAAGACCAUCAAGCUCUGGAACGUCCUUGCCGAGUGCAAGUACACCAUUGGCGGCGGUGACUACCCCGGCAAGCACGAUGCCUGGGUUUCGUGCGUCCGCUUCAGCCCCAACACCACCAACCCCAUCAUUGUGUCGGCUGGCUGGGACUACAAGGUCAAGGUCUGGGAUCUGACCAACUGCCGCAUCCGCACCGACCACCUCGGUCACCAGGGUUACCUCAACACGGUCACCGUCUCCCCCGAUGGCUCUCUCUGCGCCUCGGGCGGCAAGGACGGCAAGGCCAUGCUCUGGGACCUCAACGAGGGCAAGCACCUCUACACCCUUGAUGCCAAGGACAGCAUUGAGGCCCUCACCUUCAGCCCCAACCGCUACUGGCUCUGCGCCGCCGCUGGCUCCAGCAUCAAGAUCUGGGAUCUCGAGAGCAAGAAGCUCGUCGAUGACCUCCAGGCUACCGCCACCGGCUCGGUCCCUCCCCGCGUCCUGUCCCUGGCCUGGUCCGCCGAUGGCCAGACCCUCUUCGCUGGUUACACCGACAACGUCAUCCGCGUGUGGCAGGUCAGCGCUUAAAGCGCCCCUUUCAUACCCGAUCUCGUCGCGGGCGGCGCCAUGCUUGAACGUUUAAGUCAAGUGUCGUUGUCGACCCAACCUGCAUCCAUAUUGCCGUGGGAAGAAGUCAUCUGAUCCGAGGGCUAUGAAUUUGAGUUUGUGGUCCUUUUGAUUGUUAUCCCGAUCUUGUUCAUGUGGUGGCGUGACAGCCGAUGCCUUUGCCAUCGGAGGAAGGUCCCAUUUUCUGCGCCACCGUCAAAAGCGUAUCUUGCUCCUGCUGUGCUCUUUGCGCUAAUGAUUUCUGUACAUGGAUCCACAAACCCUUGCUCAAGCUUUGGCAUCUGAUGAUCUUCAAUUCAUGGUCAAGAAAAAACGAC